AUGCGUCUUCUCAACAGCCAGAUCCUCCUCGUACUGUCCAGUGCCGUAGUGGCUGCAGUUGGACAGAGUUUGACGAUUAUUAGUCGCGUAACACCCAGUGGGAUCCCUCACACUGCGACCAGCAGCCUUUCCCUUCCCCUUCCUGCCACCACAGUCUCGACUUCGUCGGAUGAUCAUGGCGGACACUCAACUGAGUCCACCGAGCCCACAAGCAUUCUUUCAAGCACACCGAGCUCCAACGCUACCUCGCUGACUACAGCGACGAGUAUUCUCACAGAUUCAUUCGCUUCAACGACCGCGACGAGCGCAGCAGCCCCCACAACUUCUCCCACAAGUGGUGCGACGUCCACUGUGUUCUCCGCGGAGGUGCUGGUGAUCGUAGGAGUUGUGGUGAUCCCUUUGCUGCAGCUGGCAUUCCUUUGA